ACCCUGUUUGAGGUACUGGUGGGGAAAAGAGGGACCUGGGAGCAUGUCUGUCUGACUGUGCCUGACUGCUGGUAUAGAGAGCAUAGAGAGUUUGCUGCUAGUUGAGAGAAAGAGGGUCAAAGAGGAGAGAAAUAAUACGGUGCAGUGCAUUGCGAAGUCGGAUGAACAACUUAGACACAACCUUUGUUCUUUUGCAACACCAGGCGCAGAAUUCUGGAACAGCCUAUUCUGUACAGUAAUCCAUGCGAGUUACGGAAACUGUAUUUUUUAAAGUAAAAUUACUGGCUUCAAUAGGAUUUCUCGUGUACUAUGUAAAAUACCGCCAUGGAAGAAGAAAAGAGUGAAAUUGAAUCUGAAGUAACAGACGGAAUUGAUGGUGAACAUGACAUGAAACAAGGUGAUAUUAAACCAGAAUUGGAAUCAUUGACAUUAGAUAAAACUGUGGAAUGUGAAAAUAUAAUAGACACAACUAAGGAUAGAAAAGAAGAGGAUGAUUCCAAAAAUAUGUUAUCAGCCGCAGCAGUUGAAGAGGCGAUGGAUGAAGAUAACAGCAACAAAGAUGAUGACAAGGACCCAGCUGUUGAAGCUUGUGGAGCUGCAGUUCCCGUGGAUUUUGAGCUAGACCAGAAAAAUGAUGAAGUCCUUUCAGAAGAGAAAAUGACUGUUGUCUCCAUCAAAUCAAGAUCAGACAUUGCUGGAGUUAUGAAUGGGGAUUCUUCAACGAUUACUAGUGCAAGGGAUAUCACACUACCAACCGAGGAUAUAAGUCCUUUGUCAACGAACCUGGAUUCACAAACUUCUCAAGUUCUGACUUCAGUCACUGGAAAUCGUAACAGUAGUACCAGUACACUGUCAAGUGUUUCCAGUACACGAUCAACUCGAUCGCAAAAUCCGGAGUUCUUAGCUCGACAUAGAAAUUUCUUGCACAAACUUCACCUCACUUCAAAUAAUGUAACAGACGAGGAGUUGCUUACAGACGAUGAUGAAAGUAUUACAUCCAAAGCAACUUCAAGAUCUGGUGGGAGUGUUCAAACUGAAGAAAACUCUGGUUCGAUGGUGGAUAAUUUAGCUGUUCGACGGAAACGUGAACGAAGUGUAAGCAAUGGAACAUUGUCGCCUAGGGUUCCUUCUCCAGGUUUUACUAGUAUGAUUGGAGGAAGUGUUAGUGCCAACAACAGUGGCAGCUCUUCACCAACUGGAAGUCAGAUGCAACCUGCAACAAAGAAGAGAAGAAGCACAAGAACAGAUUCAACAGGAGCUCAGCAGCUGUCUCCUGUGGCAGCAGCAGUGCCAGUAGCAGUGGCCUCUGCAGAUCGGUUCUGCUGGUUAUGUCACAAAGACGGGGUAGUAAUCAACUGCGAGACAUGUCCCCGUGUGUACCACUUACGUUGCAUCCAGCUGGAAGCUGCACCCACAGAAGAUUGGGUCUGUCCAGAGUGCAUUACUAUCCUUCAUGCAGAGAACACCGACACAAGAUCAAGGGCAAUGAAGUUGCUGAGCCUGGACCAGCUGUGCAAUCUCCUGAAGUAUGCUGUGUCAAGGAUGAAGACAUAUUCUGGGGCUGAGCCAUUUUGGAAAGCCGUUGAUGUAACUGAGUUCCCUCAGUAUCGAGAAUAUGUGGCACAUCCCAUGGAUCUCUCUCUCCUGGAGCGAAACAUGAAGAAGAGAAUGUAUGGCAGCACUGAAGCAUUUGUGGCUGACGCAAAAUGGAUUCUUCAUAACUGCAUCAUAUUUAAUACUUAUCAGUCCCGCUUGACCGGCGUAGCCAGGGUUCUGGUGAAGAUAUGCAAGCAGGAGAUGUCUGAAAUUGAGAACUGCCCAGACUGUUAUCUCAAUGCACACACACGCAAGGAUUCAUGGUUCAUUGAAGUUUGUCGUAAGCCACACAUCCUUGUCUGGGCCAAACUAAAGGGAUUCCCCUUCUGGCCUGCCAAGGUGAUGCGUACCAACAAAGAGGGAAUGGUGGAUGUGAGAUUCUUCGGAGCUCAUGACAGAGCGUGGGUUCCUGUCCGAGAGUGCUUCUUGUACAGCAAGGCCAUGCCUGGGUCUACCCGCAACAAGAAGCGUAACAACUUGGAUGCCUGCAUACAGGAGGUUGAACAGCACACCAAGAAGCUGCGGGAUAAGUUUGGUGCGUUCGAACAUGCCCCCUUCCGAACACUCUUUGACCCAUCUUGUCAGAAGGAGCAAUUGCACAUGUUGCUGCCAGGGUAUGAUUGCACUGGAGACGGAGAACCCAGCCCGAAACGCAGCAAGCUCCCAGCAGGAGGCUUUGCAGUUCGCACAUAUCAGCGCUCUCAGCAGUCUGACAGAGAAGCACAGGAAAGAAAUAAAACCCAGACUUCAGAGGCUGAUGAAUUGAAGACAACAGUGGCAAGUGACAGAUCAGGUUAUAAGAGAAACAGAAUUGAAAAACGAAAACUUUGGGACAGAGACAUAUAUAGUGACAAUGAAAAGAGAGCAAGUCGGUCAUAUAAAAGGAUGGGCAGCGGAAGCAGUGUUUGUGAUCACAACAGCAUCAGCAGUGAGGACAGUCAGGAAAAUGAUGAGGGAACUCUGAAAGUCAGAGGAAGUAGCAUGGGUGCUGAUGUCAUCGGCGGUAAGAGUGCAUCUCUUGUAGAGUGGUCUAGGUUUGAGGAGAGUGCUGCCAAACUGAGUGUGGGUGUGAGUGAUGAAGAUAAACAGACUGUUACUUCAGAGGGCAGGAAGGUGAGGGACUCCGAUGACCGUACAGACACAGUGCUUCCCUGUAGUGGUGCUAAAGUAAGGGAUGGAGAGACUGGCAUGCAGAGUAGUGAAGUAGAGAAAGAUGUUUCUCAUGUGGUGAAGAAAGUUUUGGGAAGUCCAAGUAUUGCAGAGAAGCUUCAGGAAAAGUUGUUUGGGUUAGACAAGUCCAGUGAAGAGUGUAAGGAUGCUGAGGAUGCACCUCCUGAAGUAGUCUCAAGAAGUACGCUAGAGAAACAGGAGGAUUUCCUUGAAGUGGAGAAUAAGACUGAAGAAAGCUCAAGAAUGUCUAAAGGCUGUGAAACUUCAUCAACCACUGCCAAGGAAAAUGAUGGAGUGACAAAUGUGAAACUUGAAACAUCCUGCAAUGGAACUAGAAAGCCAAAGGUUGGGCAGAAUAAGGGAGAUUCUAAAGAUGGUGACUUAUGUGGCUCAGAGAGGGAUGAACAUGACAAGGAAAGGUCAGAGUCACCUGUUAUCAAUAAAUCUCCACUUAAAUCUGAACCGAAACAUUAUGGUAAACAAUACUCGCCCAAGGUGGUUCUGUACAAUUUGGUUUUGCCUCCUGGUAAAAUUCUGCAAGGGAAAAUAAGAUGUUUAACAAGGGAUAUUCCAUCUAGUAAAUGUUUAAUGAAGGAUGUUGCAUGUAAUAAGAAACUUCCUGCAGCAGAAGAGAAACAUGUUUUGUCACCUGCAGAACCUAAGCAGGCUCAGGAAAUAUCACCUGGGGAAGAGCACACAUACAAAGGUACUUCAUUUAAGGACAGUGAAGGGAAUUCACAUACAGAGAGUUUGCUUAAGAACAGGUUAGAAGUUUCUGAUAUUGCCAAGGAACAAAGCAGUAUUAAUCCCAAAAGUCGCUCAUGCUUAUUUCUCCCUUCAUAUAACCGUAAUGUAGUUCAAACAGAUAAACUUAAUGUGGUGCAAAAUGAUCAUCCCACAGAUGUGAAUAUAAAAGCAGGAUUGAGUGAUAAUUCAAGUGAAAGUGGAGACGGUGAUAUUGUUAUGGACUCUUCAAAGCGGACGCCAGAACAUGGUUAUAGUAGAUGCAGCAUUGAUGACAGUCUUUUGGAAAACAAUGCUAAGGUGCUUGAGUCAAGUAAUAUUGAAAAUACCAAGCCCACUGAACAGGCAGGAGUAGUGGCUGAGAAGGAUGUAGAACAGGAUGAUGGUGGCUGCGCUUUGAGUGCAGUGGAACCUGUUCAGGGGCAAGUCAGUAUAUUAGAACCUGUCCAAGAAAAGAACAGUGCAGUGGAACCUAUUCAGGAGCAGGACCACAUAUUGGAACCGGAUAGGGAAAAUGGCAGUGCAGUGGGACAUGUUCAGGAAAAGAACAGUGCUUCAGGGCCUGUUCAAGAAAAUUGCGGUGCAUCAGGACCUGUUCAGGAAGCAGUCAGAGAGUCUAAAGCUGUACAGAGCUCUACAGAAAAAUUGGAAACAGAGUCAGUCAUGGACACGAAACCAGCUGGUAAAGAAGUCAUUGUCUCUGAACCACCUUCUGAUGUUAGCUUUGCUGUGUGUGUAUCCCAGAACAAAACUGUUAUUUGUGGUUCACUUUCAAGUCCUGCUGACACAGAUUUUGAUCCUCUAGAGGAGAGAUCUGAAGGAAAGUCUCUCACUGAAGAAAUGAACAGUAAUAAAUGUUCUGAAAUGAAUGGGAUAGAGCAGUCAGAGGAUAAAGUAAGUGAUGAAACAAGUAAAGGGCCAGCAUUGUCUGACAGUGACAGGGUAGGUUCUGUUGCUAGUAGCAGUAGUUCAGAGGAUAAUUCAGACGUAUCCAUGAAGUUAAGUGCUUGUCAGGCUGCUGUGCUGAAAGUCUACCCUGCAAAAACCAGUAAGGCUUUGGAUAAGAAAAUUAAAGACUGCAAGACAAGUGAAUUAGCACCAUUACAGAAUGAUGAGACUUCUACCGCUGCCACAGUGGUCACUCCAUCUGCAGGAAAGGAGGAUUUUACAAACAGGACCUGUGUUACUGAUGGCAGCAGUAUUUUAUGCAAGAAGAUCAAAGAAGAACCCUUGGAUCCCGAUGAACUAAUGCAAGAGUCGUCAUCUGCCUCUGCUUCAACACUGUCCAACCGUCAUAAUUCAGCUAAGACAUCACCUGCAUUCAAGCACCAUAGUUCUCCAGGCGAGAAGACUGAAGCCGAUGGUGACAAGUUUAGUAAAGGGAAAAUAAUAGUGAAUAAGAAACUGAAUUCAGCCAUGUUAGACGAUAAAGACAGAUUAGCAAGUAAUGAUAGCCCCUCCUCUGUGUCAGAGAAGGACGGUAUCUUUCCGUCACUUUUUCUUGACCCAAGUAUAACCAUAACUGUGAUUAAUGAUAAACCGGCUGAGAGUGUAGAGGUGCCAGCCUUAAGUAAGAGCAAAAUUUCUGGCAGUGAUAUAAAUGUUAAUGAGCUCAGGGCUAGUGUGAACCUUUCAAAAGAUAUCAGUUUGACAGUGGUUGGUGCAGGUUAUGGUGGUCAUUCUAGCUCAGCUAAGGGCAUGUCAUCAGGUGCUGUGACAUCAUUGGACAUGGAGUGUGACCAUGAGAGUGACCACGAUGAGUCACAUAACUCCUCAACAAAUGCUACAUCUGGGCAGGCCCCAUUAACUGUCCAGAAUGUCAUAACUGGACAGAACAGUACUGGUAAACAAAAGAGGCAAAGACCUUCAGGCGGCAGUGACACUCACCAGCCAAGAUCUAGAGCUAGGAAGUCAUUCCCUAACAGGCCACCUUUCACAAACAUUAAAGUGAAAUCCCACCCUGAACUUGUAAAUGGGGUUGGGUCAUUUGGUAGCAAAUCAUCGGUCCAAAGGCGGAAUUCUGCUGGAACAAAUUCAAACAGUUCAGACUCAAGACGCAGCUCAUAUGGAACUUCACCUCAGGAGAUCCUAAUGUCAGCACAGCAGUCAGGAGACACUAAUGCAGAGAACUUUGGUGGCAGUGAUAACAACAACAAUAAUCCCAGUAGUGCUAUGGUUGUGUUACCUCCUAUGUUAGGCACUCCAAGCACAAACCAUAUUCAGGCACUGAGAACAGUGAACAGCAAUAUUGGAUCGCCAUCUCAUAUAGUGAAUGGUGGUGCAGACAUCAUGACUUCACGGAUGAUGCAAGUACCUCACAGCCAAACUCACCCAGUGGGAAAUAGUGCCAGGAUUUCACCAGUAGGACAAGGCCCUGGAGCUUCUCGCAUGCCCCCUCAGCUGCAGCCUCGACCCUCAGGUCCCCUCCUGUCGCAGCACCCUCCUUCCGUACCCUCAGAUGCAGGGCCUGUGUCUGCAGACCUCAACAGGCAUGCACACAAGCUGAAUGACUUCUUGAGGACAACUGUAGAAGAAAUCCUUCGGGACCUAUCCAACAUUGGCAGCCCAGAAGCAACCAUUAAAAGUUUACAGAUAGAACUGGAGAAGUUACAGUGGCGUCACAACCAGGAGAUGGCAGAGAUGAAGCACAAUACAGACUUGAUAGUGAUGGAAAUGCGAGCCAGCAUGGAGACUGAAAGGCAACGUGUGGUUGCAGAGACUAUACGGCAAUGUGAGCUGGAAAAACAGAGGGCUGUGGAAGAAACCAAAAAGAAACAGUGGUGCACUAACUGCGGCAAAGAGGCUUUAUUCUACUGCUGCUGGAACACGUCAUACUGUGACUACCCAUGCCAGCAACGUCACUGGCCACAACACAUGUCAACAUGUGCACAAAAUACCCAACAGGGUGGUGACGGCAGCGUCCGUGAAGGAGACACACCGCGGAGUAGCCCACAGACUUCAGGUGGUAGCAGUAAUCAUAAGGCCAGCCCAUCUCAGCAGCAACAGCUGUGGCUUGAUCCCAUACCAGUAUUCAAACCUGCAUUGUCUUCUGCUGGAAAUCUAAGUUCAUCAUUAUCCUACUGUGGCUUGGACAGCGAAAAGACCAGAAGUCCAUCACCUUCAUUCACACCCCAAGCAGGUGAUGAAGACUGUGACAGCAAUAACAACAGUUAUGAAGCUUUUCAGCAGCAAGAUGGAAGACAAGAUAUUGAACAGAAAGCAAAUUCUGGCCUCAGGAAACCAUCAGGAAUCAGGAUGGAUGAACACCGGUUGCCGAAGAAGCGCAAGCGAUGCGGAAAAUGCUCGGGCUGCAUGACGGUGGGUAAUUGCGGCCAGUGUCCACCCUGCAACAGCAUAAAGACUCACCAAGUAUGUCGACAGCGCAGGUGUAGCAACCUCCUGAUGGCAACCAUGCCAGCUGGCAUCAAGAGAAGCAGCAGUAAUGUGCAGCAGAAGCUCCAGCAGGUGGUGUCAAAUGGGUCAGUGAGUGUGAAGCCUCCAGUAGGACCCCCACCAAGUUACAGUGGAACAGUGUUGGCACAGGCCCAGAGAAGCAUGGGACCUGCUGUGGGCAGAGUCCCAGCGCAGUACACAGGUUUGCUUCCCAUGGCCAGGCCUGCCAGCAUUCAGGUUUCAGGGUACACUUCCUCUCAGCCUUCUACUACGACUUCGGAUAGUUUGACGACGUCAGCUACUGGGACCGCAUAUGCUACCUACAUAUGCAAUGUACCCCGGCGACCCACGUGGGGGAGGAUUGGCAGCACUGCAGCAACAGCAGAGACUUCUGGGAUCACAAUUCCCGCCACGUCACCCACAUAUAGGAUUCACUGUUCGCCCACCGCAUUACUUCCUGUGACAAGCUUCAGUGAUAAAUGAGCGUUAUCGCUUCUCCAUGGUGCAGGAAGGAUGGUCGUACUUUGCUUAAUAAUGCAGACUAACAGCCAAGGUUAACAUUGGUUUGUAUUGAUACUCACACAGCAUGGCAAUUGCAAAACCAGUGCUCAUGUGGAAAAAACCGGUUUCCCACUAUUGAUUGCGCGUGUAUGUGUGUGUAGUAAGCUGAAACUUUCAUGUGCAGCAUUGCAAGGUUAACAUGGACAAUGUUUUUCAAGUUUACUGGGAAACAGGUACUCUGUAUUCUUUGAAGACAGCAUCAGUGUUGCUUAAACUGCUAACUCUUACAGAAUGCCAAGAUUUGCAAACCUACUUUCCUCACUACAAAGUGUUUUAUAUCCUGUUCUGCAUACAAAAUAUAUGUGAUGUGUGUAGUACAGAAUUUCUCAACCUCUUCCUGCCCCCUUUCCCUCUCAUCUCAUGGGACCAUCUUGUGGGGAGAUGCAAACCCUCAGCUUCCUCACAGCCUGUGAUUGAGAAACACCGAUUACCUAGAUGUAAGGGUCUGUAAGGAUGAGAAUUUGAUACACAAACUCAUGCUGUUAAGGUCUCAGCAUGAAGAAAAAGAAAGUAAAUAUAGACUUUUCUCUGUCUGUAUUUGUUUAUCAUUGCAUUUAAACAAGUGUAUUUAGUUAUAAGAAAUAAUCUGCAUUUUGAUUUGUGUGUCAGCCUAAAUGUUUGCCUUCCAAAGUAGAGUCUGCACUAUGGUUCUGUGGUGCUAGGGCCAGUAAACAGAUCAUUGUAAGAAUAGGUGAAAAAUCUGACACCACAGUUCAUGGUUGAAUCAAGAUGUUAACAUGCCAUUUACUUGCACAUCUGGGUUUAUUCCUGAAUAAGGACUCUACUCAACCAAGUGUAAUAUUCUUAAGAUUCAAAAACAAAGGACAACAGGAAGCAGUUAAACCAGAAUAAGGGAAUAAACUUAACAAAACAAUAAAUGUAAGCAGAACAAAGAAAGCUGUGCCACUUUCUAAAAUUACAUCCUAAGUAUGGAACUGUAAAAUGUGUGCUUAAUAUCAGACAUAACAUAAGAUUAUGUGUGGUGAUCACUAAGGUCAGUCAUAACAAUUUGACACUGCUUCACAGAUAUCUUAUAUCUGUGGUACCUGGCCAAAAAUUGUAAAGAUGAACUUUCUAACACUCUUGUAAUGGUUUAAAAUCAAACUGGGCAAUAAAAUUGUUCCAUUGCAUAUAUGUUGCAGGCUGAAUCAGAUAUUGAGUUUCAUGGAUUUGUCUGCAAGUGUAAAUUCUUGUUCUUCCAUUUUGCACUGUUAGCUUUGUUUAUAGUGCAUUGUCUAAUAUAUAUUAAAUGGAUCUGUUUAUGUUUUCAUCUUUUUUCUUCCUGUAUUGUAAUCUUGGAUAAUAGAUUGAUGGACAUUUUUAAAGAAUAAUUUAAUACUAGCAUUAAUGCUGUGAUGAAUGCCAUUGCAUCUUAAACACUAAUACUCUGUCUUCAACUUGGUGAUUUGUUUUGUACCUUGCACCAAUAUUCUGCAACGAAUUAAUAUUUUUUUAUUCAUAUAUGAGUAGUGUGUAAAUAGUAGCUGUAAGCCAUAUGACUGUAAGAAUGUGUAAUAUAAUUCAUACAUGUUAAAUUUUCUUGCCCUUAUGAAGAAGUCAUUAUAGUCUCUCGACCAAAAACUGUUUAAAAAUAAAGAAAUACCUCUGCUAUUGAGGGGUUUAGUCAGUUCGGCCAAUACCAUGACCAGACUUCAGCAUUGCUCUUCAGUUAACAUUACCAGUAUGCCACUACUUGUCUUUAAUCCUCACAGAUUGAUAGGAUAUGUGGUUAAGACAGUUAAAUCAAGUAUCAGCAUCAGUAAGGCUGAUUGCCCAUAUU